AUGGCCGUGACUAUCCCGCGCGCAUUGCGCACCUCCAAAGAGGACGUUGCGAUAAGCAAUUUCUACAAUAGCACAGUCGACAAUCUACCAAACGAAGAUCCUACGCGCCAUCUUCAUCAGCAACUCCCCUCUCUUUACUUCCAAAGCCAGCAAGGCUCUGUCUUGCGUUUAGCAGUAGAGGCAAUAUCGUAUGCGUCUGCCGUAAACAUCAUACCACAAGCGGUCCAGCUGUCUGGCAAAUCUUAUACCAAGGCCCUAAGUGCCCUCCGAGCGGCUAUUCAGGACCCCAACCUACCUUUCUCUGACGAAACGCUAUACGCUGUACUACUUUUAUGUGGUUACGAGACCAAGAUGGGAGAACCAAGUCUAAGAUCAGCCUGGGGGUCUCAUGUAGACGGAGCUGCCGCUCUUAUAAAAGCUCGUGGCACUAGUAGCUCAGAAUCUCGGCUUUUUCGUGACAUGUUUUCCUUUGUCCGCAAAAGCGUGGUUCUGGGUCAAAUGCAGACUUUACAGCCGGUUGAUGAGACUUUCUCCAAACUCACCCUGUCCUCUUAUGAAGAUCCAGAAGAUCGCCUGGUUUCACUAGUAGCUAGAGUGCCACAGCUGCAAUACUCAUGUUACCAGCUGGACGCAUCGAAAGAUGUUAGUACGACUGAAACCGAGCGUUUAAUAUCCGAUGCCACCGAACUGGAUUCAGAGCUAUCCAUCUGGGCAAGCCGCCUAUCAACUCAAUGGUCUUAUUCCACAGCGAUCGCUAUAUCGCUCGUGUCUGGAAUUUGUACCGAGUAUCGAGGAUCAUUAUUCAAUCCAUUCUACUCCGUACUAUCACUCGCCUGUCAGCUUCAAGAGAAGAUCCAUCGAACAUGGGUCAAAGAAAUCGAAUCGAGAGAGUGA